UCCCGUCUCUCUUAGAGGAGCUAAAUGUUUCCACCCGGAACAAAUACGCUCGGCAUGGGGAGGAUUCACUACGACUCCAAAAGGGAGUGCACUGCUCUUUCUUCCUGCGAGACGGUUGGUGCCUUAGCAACUAAACCUAGCAACCGGGGAAUUGUCAAGUGCUGGGGAACUCAGCUGAAGGGCCUUGGAAACCUUGUGCUCACAUCAAGCAGUUUCCAGCCUCCUAGGCAAGGGAACAGUCUCCUCCCUUGCCUGGGACUCUGGAACCAUCUCAUUCUGGUGAAAAUUAGAGGCAGCCUAGAACCAGAAGCCUUUUACGGAGUAAAGGCUGACAUGCCCGUAUUGUAUGACAGAUUGCUAAAGCUAAAGGAGAUGUUUAACUCUAAGUUCGGAUCCGUUCCCAAGUUUUAUGUUCGAGCACCGGGAAGGGUCAACAUAAUAGGUGAACAUAUAGAUUACUGUGGAUAUUCUGUUCUUCCUAUGGCUGUAGAACAAGAUAUAUUAAUAGCUGUGGAACCUGUAAAAACAAACACUCUCCAGCUGUCCAAUACAAACCCCUUAUACCCGGACUUCAGUACUAGUGCUAAUGACAUUCAGAUCGACAAAACUAAGCCUGUGUGGCACAACUACUUUCUAUGUGGAUUUAAAGGAAUUCAGGAACACUUUGGUCUUAGUAAGCUGCCUGGAAUGAAUUGCUUGGUAGAUGGGACCAUCCCACCAAGUUCUGGCCUCUCCAGCUCCAGUGCUUUGGUCUGUUGUGCUGGCCUGGUGACAAUCACAAUUCUGGGCAUGAACCUAUCCAAGGUGGAACUUGCAGAAAUCUGUGCCAGGAGUGAGCGUUAUAUUGGCACCGAAGGAGGAGGGAUGGACCAGUCCAUAUCAUUUCUUGCAGAAGAAGGAACCGCCAAGUUAAUUGAAUUUAGUCCUCUGAGGGCAACCGAUGUGAAACUCCCAAGUGGAGCAGUGUUUGUGAUUGCCAACAGUUGUGUGGAAAUGAAUAAGGCGGCAACUUCCCACUUCAACACCAGGGUGAUGGAGUGUCGGCUGGCUGCAAAGCUCCUGGCUAAGUACAAAGGCUUGCAAUGGGGUCAAGUGUUGCGGCUGGAGGAGGUGCAGGCCGACCUUGGGGUCAGUCUGGAAGAAAUGCUGCUGAUCACAGAGGAUGCUCUUCACCCGGAGCCAUACAGCCCCGAGGAAGUUUGCAAGUGUCUGGGAAUUAGCCUGCAGGAAUUUCGGACCCAAAUCCUGAGUCCAAACACUCAAGAUGUGCUCCUCUUCAAACUGUACCAGCGGGCAAAGCACGUGUUCAGUGAGGCAUCGCGAGUGCUGCAGUUUAAGAAGAUCUGUGAAGAAGCACCCGGCAACACAGUGGAGCUGCUGGGGGAGCUCAUGAACCAGAGCCACGUGAGCUGCCGGGACCUGUAUGAGUGCAGCUGCCCGGAGCUGGACCAGCUCGUAGACAUCUGUCGGACAUUUGGGGCUCAAGGGUCACGACUCACUGGAGCAGGAUGGGGAGGCUGCACAGUCUCACUGGUGCCUACUGACAAGCUGCCCAGCUUCCUAGCAAACGUGCACGAAGCUUAUUACCAGAGGAGUGACCGAAGCCUAGCGCCAGGGAAUCAGAGGUUGUUUGCUACCAAACCUGGAGGCGGGGCUUUGGUUUUCCUUGAGGCCUAAACAAUGUAAAAAAUCUUGGAGAAACUAUCUGGGGCAUUUAGGAACUGGCAGGACUUCUUAUGCCGCAGUAAAUUAAUCCUUUCUGUUUUGUAUUAUGAUGAACGGUUGCUAUUAUCAAGAUGUGUUUCCAAAGAAAUGGUUGAAAGCUCUCUAUGUUUCAUAAUGAUUAUUUUUCCAUCUUAAAAUAUGUUUUCUAUCAAUAAGAGCCAAAAUUAUGGUUGGACAGAUCCCUUAAGGAUGACUUAUUGAGAUUUAUUCACUUCAAGAUUUUUUAAAGAUGAACUGUAAAAGAAAAUCCUGACCUCAUGGAUUGGACUAGAAUUAAACACACUGUUACAAUUAAACUGAUACAAUGGAAUUGUAUACAAUAUUCUUUAAAUAGUUUAUUUCUGAUUUCUCUUUAGUGUUCUUCCUCAAAGGUGGUCUUCUGUUGUUGAUGCUGAUGAUGGUGAUGCCAGAAAGUCUCUCUCAACUUGAACUUCAUAACGCUAUUAAAAUAAUACAUUUUAGGGAUUCACAGAUUUUCCCAGACAUCUUAUACUUGAAUGUGAGAUUCUCCCAAUUACCUGGAUGAGAAUUGCUUAAUUUUUUUCAAAAGUGGAUUUAGAAAGAGAAUCCCAAUCAUUUAAUUUUUUUAACCAUGUGAUAUAUGAACAAUCAUUUUCAAUUCUUUGGGCCUUGAGUUCUAUCACUUAACAGAGAAACUUUAUCUCUCUUCACACUGAAAUAGAGAAUUAUCUGGAUGAUAAUUGAGAUUGUUCGAUUUGUUCAUGGAAUUCACUUUUCCCUACUCUAUCCUACGUUUUUUCAAAUGCCUCCCUAAUCCAAGGGAGUGCUCACUGUUCUGGCCAACACCACCUUGCACCCCUUCAUUGUGUCUAGCAAGGCUUAUUCGCGUAUGUGGACCAGUGUAGGGCCGGUGUGCAGGGGUGUGGGCGAGAGCAGGAAGAGGCUUAGAGCUGAUUCUGGGAUUGGUUAGGGGUGUUGGUGGCUAUGUGUAUGUGUUUACCAAAAGUGGGAAGAAAUGUUUGGCCAUGUGGUAAUGGUAAAUGAAUGACUUUCUCUCAUGGAUAGAAGACAGGAGGGCCAUCUCAAUUCUAUGGAGAUUUAGACCAGAAAGCAUCUUGGAUAAUUGAGACAAUUAUCAGAUAACUGUAAAAGGAUAAUUGAGACAGCCAUGGUCUUAUGGAAUGAAUUAUCCAGAAUAUUGUGACAGUCUUCUUUUAUUCUGUGAUUGUUUUUGCUCACUAAUGUGCAGCUCAGAGGUUGGAUGUCAUCAUCUGGUACCUCAGUUUCAUAGAGGCUGAUGCCGAGUUGGUUGUAAUGGUUCUCAAAAGGCAACAGUCAUUAGAGAGUACUGGGAAAUCCGCUAUUCCACUCCAAAGUGAACUUUGGUGUGUUUCCUUCUUAGCAGAAAGGUAAACACUUGAGGAAACUUAAAUCAAAUUUCUUGAAAGAAUUUUGAGUUUUUAAAACGCAGUAAUCCAAAAUCUGAAUUGAUUUAAAAUGAUAACCCUUUAUUAUUUAUACCUUCCAUUUUCCACAAAAGAUGGAUCUAUGGUUCCAUCUGUGGUUGUUAUGCAAUUCUUUAAAGAUACCUGGAUUACAGUUAGUAUCUCCAGCAGUAGUAGUUAAGAGAUACCAACAAAAAUGGGAGAAAUAAUUAAUUAGUGUCUGUGGAAGUAAAGAAUUGUCCUAUUUGUUUACUAUUAAGAACCCAGAUGUUUUACUCCUUUCUUUCAUACCUUUGUGGCUCAUACAGCAGUUUGAUUAUAUUAUUUGAUGCCUAAUUUUGACAUUACUCAAUAGUCAAUGAGGAUUGCUCUAGAUUUUUAAGUGGAAGCCUAGCACACUGAAAAUAAAAGGCUCUCUCCUACUCCUGACAUCAGAUUGUCUAAGCUUCAGAUUUAUUGCAUGAGGGGAGACCUCCCACGAACGAAUUUAUUUAUAAAAAAUUUUGUAUUUGUUCUUACAUGUUUAAACUUCAGUCAUGUUCAAAGUACUGCCAAUUUGAUGCAAUACCCCUAUUGAAAUGUUUCUUCCACUGCUCAAAACAGUUUUUGAGCUUGUCAAUUUUGAUGUCUUUUAGUACUUCUGCCAUUUUUUGUUUCACCUCUUCCACAUCAGCAAAAUGUUUCCCUUUGAAGACAUUUUUCAUCCAGGAAAACAACAAAAGAAGUCACUCAGGGCAGGAUAGGGUGAAUGGGGAGGAUGGGGCAUAGGUGUCAGGCUGUUUUAGGUCAAAAACUGCUGAACACUCAGUGCAGUGUGGGCAGGUGCGCUUGUAAAUCACCCAUCAUGAAAUGGGCAAACAUGUUGCAGGAUUCUACAAAAAAAAUUCAUUGAAGCUGAAUUCAGCCUCUCACAACAACACCAGCUGGUACACUGAUACAGAUGGGUUGCUAGAACACUCACCUAGCAGGGAAAGUCUGUACUACAAGAGGCCUGCCCUUCAGAAGGUAAUUCUGUUUUGGGGUGCCCCCCUUAUAAACUAAUUUCUACAUAUUCUUGCCUGUUGGAAGAGAAGAAGGCCCUAAGCUUGAACAGGACUGCCCAUAAGCUGAAGGGGAGAGAACACGGAACACUGGAAAGAUGGAGCAGUCUCUCUCCUCUUCUUUCUUUCUCACUCUCGAGCCCUGUUCAGAACCUUAUGAUUUCUGACUUAUAUUUCUGUUCAUCGAAGGCAGGGAUCAUUCAUCUGACACAGUGGUUGGAAUCCAAUAUAUUUUUGUGGAAUUGUCAAUGGAAAAUAUAAAUAUGAGUUUGAACACCACUAAUUUUCUGUUAAUUUGGAAGUCUGACUGCAUUUGCAGGUUUUGAGUUGUAUAAACUGUCCUUGGUCAGAAGCAAGGGAUGGGGACAGUGGCACGAGGUUGCCAUGAAUACGUGAAACAGAUUAUGUUACAUGUGAAUAUGGAUGAUUAAAUAAUAAGAAUCUAUUCCAUCCUGCCACUAUAAUUUGGAUGUGAAACCCUAUAAUGUUUAUUAAAUAUUGUCCAGUAUAUAUAAGAGAAUCUAGGGGGAAAAUUCUCUUUAAAAUUAUUU